CGAGUCGCACGCACGGCCAUUUUCUCUUUUGGUGGUUCGGUGCGGUGGUAUACGGCGGCGGCGACGGUCUCGCGCCACUCGUAUCGACUAAGUAUCGAGGUGGGGAAAGAGAGGUGAGAGUAAAGAUGGUGUUUCGCGUCCCUUCGCGUUGUGCCCAUCCCCUUGACAAUCGACUGCCCCUCCGCGCGCGCGCGCGCGCCCUUCUCCGUGCUCCGCGAUUCUGUCUCCAUUGGUCGGUUUUUUUUUAAUAUUACCACUUCUUUUUUUAUUCCUUUUCGUCGGCGUAUUUUUGAGCGCGCGGCUCGGCGGAUCGUUUCGCUCGUCAUAACGAAUAAAGGGGUGCAUGAAUUCUACUGACGGUCUGCAAUGAAUUUCCCGCCGUUCGGAGGUCAUUUCCCCAGCACGAUACCGAGUAUCCAUCAGUUCGCGACCGACAGCUCCAGCGGUGCGGGUGCGCGUUACGCUAAUCAUUUUCCCAACCAGCCUCCGAUCGGAGUGCCGGUUAUGGGAAAGUACCGUCCCGAGAACAACAGCGUGCAAUCCGCUCAAUCGCAAGUGAUGAUGAACAAUAAGACCAAUUAUUCCAACAGUAAUGUUCAUCAUUAUCCGAAUGUGCCGUAUUCUCAGGCCCAGUCUGUUCAACAACGGCCCGCCAACUCGCCUGGAAUGCAAGAAAAACGCUCAUAUCAUCAGCAAUCCACGGAAACUAUAAAUCAACAAGACGUUUGCAAUCUCCUUCAGGAUAAGGACAAGAACAAGGAAAAGAAAGCGGAGGAACAACGUAAUGGCGUUGAGACUGCCACAAACGGUACUCAACACGAUUACACGAUGCAUCAACAUCAUCAGCAGCACGCUCAUACGCAAACACCAGCUACUAUGCCUGCUACAUGGCAGUCUCUCGCCACUCCUGGAUCCACCGUGGCCGAUUAUCUCAGUCAUUUGCCAGCUAGUACUUUACCACUAAGCUUGCACCACUUUCUCAAAUAUUCCGCCGAAAGUAUCAAAAAGGAGUCGGAAAUGGCGCAAACGACCUCGGUGGCUGUGGCGACUACAACAACGCCUAACAUAAUGAUGUCUCCGAAUAAUAAAAAAAAGAAAAAGAAGAAGACGCCGAAGGAGAAGAAGCCGCGUCCGAAACCCGGCGAAAUUCGUCUCACGACGGCAUUGGACGGUUCGACGUUGUAUUGCUGCCCAGAGUGUCAUAUGGCGUAUCCGGAACGAGAAUUGUUGGAGCAGCAUCUUUUGGGUCACACCUUAGAAAGAAGAUUCGUCUGCGACAUAUGCGGUGCUGGCUUGAAGCGAAAAGACCAUCUUACACGUCAUAAACAGAGCCACAAUCCUGAGCGACCUUAUGUUUGCACUGUUUGCUUGAAGGCUUUUAAGAGAAAGGAACAAUUGACGUUACAUUUUGUAAUACAUUCCGGUGAGAAGCGGCACGUGUGCACCGAAUGCGGCAAAGGAUUUUAUCGGAAAGAUCAUUUACGAAAACACACCAGAAGUCACAUCGCGAGAAGAGUGAAAGCUGAAUUAAGUCAAAACGCCGGUACACAACAGAAUCAACAACAAAACAACGUUUCGAGUAUGCAAACAACAACCGUUUCGGCGUCGUCUGUUCUUCCAGGCGGGCAUCCGGGUCCUCUCCUGUCCUGAGCCCCGCCACCAGGGAACUUUCAGGUUCCCCAUCCAAACAAUAUUCUUCACACGCAUACUUCGCAUCAUUCAUUGCAUCAUCAUCAUCAUCUUACGGCGGUUAAUGUAGCGCAUCAAUCGAGCGUCACGCCGCUCGCUACAUCUGGUCAUUAUCAGUCGCACGAGCUUAGCUUUUUGGGACACGUCAAAGAUUUCUGAGAUAAGGAGAAGACCUCGACGAAGAGGUAACACCAAAAUGUGAACUGAUCGUCGUCAUUGUCGUCAUCGUCGAUGACUAGCUCUGACUGACCCAUGAUUUGGAUUUAGUGAGUUUUAUAUAAUUGUAUUUGCAUUAAUUACGUGCUUCAAAGCUUCCUAUGUCUCGUCUUGCCGAUACAAUAGGAAUGCCUAUGUCAUUCCUUUUCUAUAAAUCUUCUAUAAGUUAUUCUACUUAACGACUUGUUAUAUUUGUCCUGUAAUUUUCGUUGCCAGUAUUAUUCUCACCAUAAAGUUGCUAUACAUCAAGAGACGCGGUAGAGUCUCGCGUCAAAUAUAAUAUAUAAUGUAGCAUAUAGCAACAGCUUCGCGAGAUGUUAAAACGUAUCUUUUAAAGAGAAAAAAAGCUUUUUUUCGAAAUAAUAGUAUAUAAGGGAUAAAACAGAGACAUAGAAGCUAUAUGCUCUUUGUAGCACAAACAAAAGUACACAUGUGGGAGAAAAAUAUUAAUUUUCCACAGGAACUCUAGAGUAGAAGUUUGACUAUAAGUCAAAGAUUCUUGCCAUACGUCGUGAACGACGAGGAAAAAAGAUAUUUUUAUGAAAAGUCAGUGUUAAUGUAGAAAGUAAGCUGAUAAAUGAGAGAGAGAGAAAGAGAGAGAGCGCAAGAGCGAGAGAGAGAAAGAACGACACUUCUUUAUUUUUUUUUAAUAUCAUCGCGUUAAAAUUUUACGUGGAUUUCAUGAUUUUCGGUGGUGGUUGUGAAUGUUUUUAUCAUUUCUUGUUGAAUGACAUUACAAGUGCAAAUAGUGUAAAGGGAAUAGAAAUUACGCAUAGUGAUAUUCCUAAUAAUGUAGAUGACGAGUCGGUCCACCGAUUAAAAAACAAUGUCUUUCGUUUUCCUAAAGCAUGCCAUUCACUCGACUUUUUAAUGUGCAUCCAAAGGAUAACUUAUAUUAAAUUAUAAAAUUUUACGGCUAUGCCCUGUAUUGAAGAACUGGCAAAUACGUAACAAUAUUUCGCGGUAAAAAUUAUAUUUUAUUUCGUUAAAACUUUUUGUUCCUUUUAUGUAUAAAGUUGAUAGUAUUUUAUAUUUUACGAUAUAGUACCUAAAUUUUUAUAUUACUAUUGUAUACAUUGUAUAUAUGCCGAGUACUUUUAACUUAGCUCGACCAUCUGAAAUGUCUCUGUUAUUUUUAAUGCUGUGCAAAAAAUGAGUAAGGAAAGAAAUUAUUUGACUCGACAUCCUUACUUGAAUACUUCAGAAGAUAUUCUGCAUGGUCAAGUUAGAUGAAACAUCUCGUAUACAAUAUAUACAUUACGCACGAUUUAUGUAUAACAUUUGCAUGGGAGCAUUAUUCGCCCAGAUUGGUUCGGGGUCAAAAAUGCGUCGUUACGUCUCAAUCGCAACUUAUCGUACUGAAUAUUUGUCUUGCAAAAGCUUGAUUAGCCUUUAUAAUUUUUAUAUGACUUUUUUACAUUGUUUUUAUAAAUAUUUUUCGUUGGACUUCUUAUAUUCGUUACAUUCGUUGAGUACUGAUUAUAUAUAUAUAUAAGAUUUAUUUCAUAGAUACAACGUAUAUUAUGGUUUUUUAAACUGUGAACUAUUUUUUAAUGUUUUAUAUACUUAUCCACUUAUCGCAAAUUUUCACGGACUGUGAUUGUUUUCGACAGAGGGUAUCUGCUAUAAUAAUCAAACUGCCCUUUAAGUUUAUAUGCUUUGGCCUUAUUUUGAUAUUAAUGUUUGUGCCAUCGUUUUUAAAUUUAUUUUUUAAGAUUUUUUUCUUGCCAUGCUGAU